AUGGUUGUCUCGUUGUUCGACUUAACGGGGAAGACCGCCAUGGUCACAGGCGGCACGAGAGGCAUCGGUCAGGCCAUGGCGAUCGCACUUGCAGAAGCAGGCGCCGAUGUGGUGUUGAUACAGAGGAGCACCGGCGCAGACAAUACUACCCAAAAGGCCAUUGAAGUAUUAGGUCGAAACUGUUUCAUCGAACCCUGCGAGCUGAGCGACAAGACAGACGUGGCCACCCUCGUCUCAAGAGUAACUGCAAGACACAGAAUCAACAUCCUUCUCAAUGUCGCCGGGAUCCAACGGCGAGCGGACGCAGUGGACUACGCUCUCGACACCGUCGAAGAGGUCCUCCAAGUCAACUUGAACUCGACGUUUGUCAUUUGCCGAGACAUCGGAAGAUAUUGGAUCAACCAUAAUAUGCCCGGCAAGAUCAUCAACACUGCGAGUCUGGCGUCGUUCAUCGGCAGUGUCAGGAUUGUGGGAUAUGCGAUGAGCAAAGGAGGUGUGGCCCAACUCACUAAAGCCUUGAGCAACGAAUGGGCGGCGAAAGGCAUUAACGUGAAUGCCAUUGCUCCGGGAUACGUGGCGACAGAUAUGAACGUCGACACGAGGUCGGGCGACCCGGCAUACCUCCAGAGCCUCAAUGACAGGAUUCCUGCCGGCCGAUGGGGAACGCCCGAAGAUUUCAAGGGCUCCGCAGUGUUUUUGGCCAGUUCGGCAAGUGAUUACGUCCAUGGACAUAUAUUGCUGCUCGAUGGCGGGUUUAUGGGCCGUUGA